GUUAUUUUAAUUUAUAUUUCCGCUUGGUAUUCUGGAAAUCACAUGAAACCGGAAAAUAAAACCCGGCGACGAUUCUCAUUCCGUUUACAGCUUACAGUAUGGGAAAUGAUACUAAAGCUAGUCGCAAAGCUAAGGCUGAGGAAAGCAAAAACAAUGAUGUAAAAGGGAGAAACAUCGCUAGCAGGUCAUCAACUGAUAAGUCUGGUCUAAGAAGGUCGGUGAGAGAAGCAUCAUCAAAGAAAAAUGUGACUCCAAGCCCUUCAAGCACUCGGAAGUCUGAACGUCUUGAGAAGCAGACCCCUACGGCUCCUCCAGCUACGAGGAAAUCUGAGAGAUUAGUUGAGAAGCAAAGUUUGUCGAGUCCUCUGAGAAGGUCUGAGAGGGGUAAGAAUCAAUCUUCAUCUAGUUCUUCUGGUUCAAAGAAGUCUGGCAAAAAAUCAAGCUCUUCAGUUAUGAAGAAAAAGCAGAAGAAAGAGAAGAGUGUGAAACAGCUUGAAACUAAAGAUGUUGGAAACGAUAAGAAACAUGUGAUCAAAGCUGUUCUGGUUGAAACAAAGAGAAUGGAUGCUCGUGCUUACAAGGCAUUGUUCAAACGACAACAAAAGAAAGCUAAUCUGGAAGGUCGUUGUGAGGAGAUGAAGAACAAGAAUGCUGAUGGCAAUGAUUGCAGAGAUGGUGCUUCUGAGAAUGUUAAUAGGGGCAGUGAAUGCAGUCAAAGGAAGGUGGAAGAAUUGAUAGAUAGGUGUGUUUUGAGAGAUUCUGAGAAAAAUUUGGAAGGAAAUUCCAUUGCAAGUGAACCUGUAAAAGAGGUGUUGGAAAAUAAUGGUGGACCAAAAUCUCCACUUAAAAGCCAGAAGCGCACAUUCUUAGAAAAAGACCAUCAAUUUAAAGAAGGGGACAGCAGGGAAGAUCUGAAGAGUGAUGACAGUGUGCUGCUGUCAGCUCAAAGAACUUUAUCUGAGCCGGAGAAUGAUGUUGCUCAAAUGGAACAAGAACAAUUGCCAGCAGAGUUGGUAGAUUUGACAGUUAAUAGGACACCCAGGGUUGAUACUGAGGUGGAGAGUGGUUACAAGGAGAUGCCUUUUAAACGAAAAAGAAGCAUUGAGGACUUGAAUUCUGAUGCUACAACAAUGAUUUCAAAUAAAGUUGCCGAUGCAGCUCCAUAUGAGAACGGCAGAACUGAUUCCGUGGCGAAGUGCGCCACAUCUUCCAAAAGGCAAAGAGGGGGAAUUGAAGCCAAUGUCACUGCAGGACCUGCAGAACCAUGCAUCACGGACUUGCAUCUUAAAAAGUCUUCUCUAUAUUCUCAGCUCGAUGGCGACCCAAAUACAUGUGUCAUCUGCAAGCUUGGUGGAAAGCUCUUGUGUUGUGAUGGACAAGGUUGUAAAAGAAGCUACCAUCUUUCUUGUCUAGAUCCUCCUUUAGGGGAUGUUCCCCUUGGAGUUUGGCACUGUCUUGCAUGUGUUAGGAAGAAGAUCGAGUUUGGCAUGCAUUCAGUUUCAAAGGGAAUAGAGUCAAUUUGGGAUGCCAGUGAAGUGGAGGUGGCAGAUGACAAUGGAGUGCAAAGGCAGAAGCAAUUUUAUGUUAAAUACAAAGGUCUUGCUCAUGUUCAUAAUCGCUGGUUGCCGGAGAAUCAAUUGAUCCUUGAAGCUCCUUCACUUCUAGCGAAAUUCAACCAAAAAAACCAGGUCAGAAAGUGGAAGCAAGAAUGGAUUGUGCCACAUCACAUGCUUCAAAAGCGAUCAGUAAUGUUUCCCAACCAGCACGUAGAGAAUUUCAGUCACCAUGCUAGCAAUAUUCUAGCAUGCCAAUUUGAGUGGCUUGUUAAAUGGCGUGGCCUGGAUUAUGAGCAUGCAACCUGGGAGUUGGAGAUUGCUCCUUUCAUGAAUUCACCUGAAGCUCAGAGCCUCAUAAGAGAUUAUGAAAAUCGUCUUGUGAAGGCAAAAGGAGCUGAGUAUUUAUCUGUAAUAGAUAAGUUGUUGCAGUUGUCAGCUGGAGGUUCACCUGAAUUUGAUUAUAACCAUCUGGACUUUGUCAACUAUCUUCGUGACUACUGGCUCAAGGGAGAGAAUGCUGUUCUUCUUGAUGAUCAGGAACAAAUCACAAAGGUGAUUUCUUUUAUUUUGUCAUUGUCAUCCAAUGCCUCUUGGCCUUUUCUCAUCAUCACAACUUCUGCUUCACUUCAUUCAUGGGAAGAAGAGUUAUUUCGUCUGGCACCAUCUCUAUAUGCCGUGGUUUAUCACGGAAACAAAGACAUACGGAAAAGUAUUAGGAAGUUGGAGUUUUACAGUGAAGGCGGUUGCAUUAUGUUUCAAAUACUUGUAACAUCACCAGAAGUUAUUAUUGAGGAUCUAAAUGUGCUUGAAUCAAUGAAAUGGGAAGCUGUAAUAGUGGAUGAGUGCCAGAGCUCUAGAAUAUUUUCACAUUUUAAACAAAUUAAGAUGCUAAGGACUGCUAUGCGGCUUCUCCUUGUAAAUGGUCAGCUUAAGGAUGGCAUCACUGAGCACCUGCUGUCUCUGCUUGUUCAUCAGAGUGAUCUAAAUGGCAGUGAAGACUUGGUAACUAAUUUAAACCCUAAGACUGGCAAUUUGAAGGACCAGUUGUCAAAAUACAUUGCAAACGGUCCCAGACCAGACCCCUCAAGGUUUAAAGAAUAUUGGGUUCCUGUACAGUUAUCCCCCAUGCAGCUUGAGCAGUAUUGUGCCACUUUACUUUCAAAAUCUUUAUCACUUUGCUCGUCCUCAAGGAACGAUCCUGUUGGUGCCCUCCGCGAUAUUCUUAUCUCUUGUCGCAAGUGUUGCGAUCAUCCCUACAUCAUGAAUCCAUCACUACAAAUUUCAUUAACGAAAGACAGAAAAGAAGCUGACAUUUUAGAUAUUGGAAUAAAAGCAAGUGGCAAGCUGCAACUCCUGGGUGAGAUGCUUUUCAGCAUAAAAGAGAGAGGAUUAAGAGUGCUGGUCCUUUUUCAGUCUAGUGGAGGUUCUGGAAAGGAUAAUAUUGGUGAUAUAUUGGAUGACUUUGUGCGUCAAAGAUUUGGCCAGGGUUCUUAUGAACGUGUUGAUGAGCAUGUACUCCCUUCAAGGAAGCAAUCUGCUUUGAAGUUCUUCAAUAAUCAUCAGGAAGGGAGGUUUGUGUUCUUAUUAGAAACCCGUGCUUGUAGUUCCAGCAUCAAACUUUCAUCUGUGGAUACUGUCAUCAUAUUUGCUAGCGAUUGGAACCCGAUGACUGAUAUAAGGAGCCUGCAAAAACUAACAUUACAUUCACAGUUUGACCAGAUAAAUAUAUUUCGUCUAUACUCUUCUUGCACUGUGGAAGAAAAAGUUCUAAUCAUUGCAAGGCAAGAUAAGACACUCGAGAGUAGUUUACACAGUAUAAGCCGGGUUGCUAGUCAGAUGCUGCUUAUGUGGGGGGCUUCGUAUCUCUUUGAAAAAUUAUCAGAGUUCCAUUGUGGCAAUGACACUGCCUCGAGUGGAAAUACAUUGUUUGAGCAAUCACAUUUGAAAGAUGUUAUCCAAGAGUUCUUAACCAUAAUAAUUCAGAAGGGAAAAGAUAAUACUCCAAGUAACUCAAUAAUUUUGAAAGUUAAACAAAAUCAAGGAAUAUAUACUACUAAUUUUCCAUUGCAUGGUGAGCGAAAAAUUCAAUUGUUGGAUGAAGAGCUGCCUCAUAUAUUUUGGAAAAAACUGCUUGAGGGAAAACAGCCACAGUGGAAAUAUAGUUCUGGUUUGUCUCAGAGGAACAGAAAAAGGGUUCAAUAUGCUGAUGAUAUACAGAAGAAUACUGUAGUUGAGGGUGAUGAAGUUGUAAAGAAGCGCAAUAAAGUGGCCAACAAUAGCACUAAUUCACCUUCUCUAAAAGCUGCUCUAAUAGGAACUUCUGGAGCCCCAGUGCAUAAUAUGUCUCAAUUCUUGCCAAGUUCAACUGGCCGUCUUAACACCACUGCUACAAAUCAUGUUUCCAACUUCAGACAUUCGAAUAGUAAUUCAUCAGAAGUACUAAAAGCUAAUAAGGUUGAGUAUAAUGAAAGAAUGAAUUUGCAUGAUUCCGAGAAGAGUCUCCAUGUCAUUCUGAAGCCAGAGAUGACAAAACUUUGUGAAAUUUUGCAACUCCCAGAAAAUGUCAAGGUCAUGGUGGAACGAUUUCUGGAAUAUGUGCUGAAUAAUCACCAUAUCAGUAGAGAACCAGCUAGCAUAUUACAGGCAUUUCUGAUAUCCUUGUGUUGGACUUCAGCUUCCAUGCUAAAGCACAAACUUGGUCACAAAGAAUCACUUGCACUUGCAAAACAGCAUCUGAAUUUUGGCUGCAAGAAAGAUGAGGCAGAUUAUGUUUAUUCAAAGUUGCGAUGUCUGAAGAAAGCAUUUCUUCAUCAUACAGGGACUUAUAAGGUGGCCACAUCUCCAAAAGCUGCAGAGUUUUCAACUGAAGAUCACAGCAAGAAUCAGUUAAAUGGAAGAUCAUCACUGUCAACACCAUCAAACAUGCAAAAGGGGAGAAUAGAGGUUGAAAACCUGAGACCUAGCCAGGAAUUCUCCAUUGAUCAGGUCGUUUCCCAUCUAGGAUUGGCACAAAAAGAUUACUCAAAAAGUAUCAAAGAUAUUGAAAAGAAAUGUGACAAACAGAUGAGGAAGCUAUUGCAGAGGCAACAACAAGAAAUGGAAGAGUUUGAAAAGAAGUACGAGGAAGAGAAGGCAGAGCUUGAACAUAUGCACAGAACAGAGGCAGCUGUUAUUCGUUUACACAGUAAUAUUUUGGAGAGAACAGAUAAACUUAAGGUACUGGAUAAUGUUUAUGCAAAAAAGUUUGAAGAUCUUAACUGGCAGAUGGAUAUGCAUCUUAAUAAUCUUUUGGAAUUGCAACUGGCUACAAGGAACAAGUUACAAGAGAGGAAGGCUCAAUGGAUUAAAGGAGUUAAGUCCUGGGCACAUGCUGAAUUAAUAAAGAAACCAAUUGCAAAUGAGUCUGGAUAUAAUCAAGAAAACUUUGUCGCUUGGAAUUCUUGUUGCAAAGAACAGACUCCCGAACGAUCCCGGAGCAUGCCAGAUGAUGUUCCACUGGAAGUUCCUGAAACUGUGAGUUCGAGUGAGGAUGUACUUCCUGGGGUAUUAGCUACAUCCAAACCGAGCUCUGAUGGGACCACAUCCAGCAUGCUUGACAGAGAAGUUCCCUUGGAAGUGCCUCAGACUGCAACUGUGAGGGGUGUUUCAGAGGAUGUUAUGUCUGCGAAUUCAUUUCCAUGUGAAGAACAAAUCCCUGAUUUACAGGUUACAUUGAGAUUACUUGAGGCUAACAGCUCUAGUGAUGGUCCUGAGAACACCAUUCAUAAAUCUUCAUCUGAAAAAGGUUCUGAUAGAGUUACGUUAACGGUGCCUGAUAGAGAAUUUUCACUGGGGGUGACUGGGAUAGUCACUUCCACUGGUGGCCUGGAGAAUGCUGCUUCUGUAAAUCCUUCACCAUCUGAAGGACAACCUCACGCCAGAUCCACUUCAUGCAUGGAUGUCAGAGAAGUUUUAUUGGAAGCGCCUGAAACUGCUUCUCUGGAAGCUGAAGAGGAUGUUAACAGAAUUAUGGAGAAAGAUGGAGUAUCUGGCAUGGCAUCUGAUAAUGCCAUUGAAGUUGAUCAUUGGAAUGGAGUGGUGUGUAUUCUUAAUCAAGAGCCUCACUAUGAUGAUAUGGUGGCAGUCAACCAGCAAACUGGAGAGGUUCGAUUAGGAGUGCCUGAAAACAAUGUUGUUAACCAGCAGCAUGAGGUGGAUCCAUCAGGCGUUCGUGAAGUGGGGGUUGGCCACAAUCAGCUAGAGAUUGACAGUAUGCACGUUGUAGCCUCUGAUAAUGGCCAACCAACUGAAUCCUCUAGAUUGCAAGAUAGAGUUGCACGAGUUUGUAAUAACCAGAUUGCUUUCCAACAAGUUGAUGCUUUGGCAUCCCAACCUUUUGUAGCUUCUGAUCAUUCUCAUAGUGACGUGCCUGUCACAGAAUUGUUACCAUCCAUGGACUCCUCUGCUGGUUCACAGCCUACAACUUCAUUUGCAGAACAUGCGCCUGCUAAUUCAAUAGCUGUUGGUGAAUCAGGGACGCGUAUCUCAAACACGAUGACUGCACCUGUCACUUCUAUAAUUAGUAAUUGUCCUGUUACUGCACCCGCUGUUCGAAUGCCUGUAUCUAUGUCUCGAGAUCCAUUGCAGAAUGAAUUGGAUAGAAUAUGCAGAGAAACAGAACAAAUAAUCAAGAUCCAUGAAGAUACAAAGCUGCAGCUGAAAUCUGAUUGCGAGAAGGAGAUACAGGAGGUUGUUGCUCAAAUUCGUAGAAAGCAUGAUAUUAAACUUCAGGAGAUAGAAUCGGAAUUCCUCCGUAAGAAGAAAGAGAUGGCUGACAAUCAAAACAAAGUUUUCUUGAACAAGAUUUUGGCCGAGGCAUUCAGGAGCAAGUGCAUGGAUAAUAAGGCAUCUAGCACCCCUGUCAGGCAGCAAGAGAUAAACUCUAGUAUCGUGCAGCAACAGCUUCAGCUAUCGGAACCCACUGCUCGGCCUUAUAUUGUUACUGGCUUGUAUUCCACUGGUCUUCCAGCAGCUAGUCUGCAAACAACUCCAACAUCUUCCCCUCCUGCCCCACCACAACAGGUUGUUCAUAGCUCAGGACGUUUCUCAAGUACCUCAACCAGGCCACCACAUAUCAGCUCCAUCUCUCCUGCCACAAGCAAUCUCCGAGUCAGUAAUGAGAUUCGAGCUCCUGCCCCACACCUGCAGCAUUUUAGACCUUCAGCACACGGGAUGCAAAGUCAACAAGUAUCAACAACUUCUCCCACACCUUCUGAGAUUCCUUCACGACGUCCUGCACCUGCACAACAAUCAAGUCCUCAGACGAUGACAAAUAGUGGUGAAAGCAUGGGAAUCUCACCUUCUACAACAUCUCUCCAGGGACUUGAAUCUUUAAUGGAUAUAGAUAAUCAAACAAGUACAAAUGCAACUCAGGCCUGGAGUUCCCCCCCACCAACUGAUUUGAGUUCUGACUCAAACCCAUUGGCUCAACCAAAGCUGAGCAUGCUAAAUAGUGUGCUGACAAACCCAACAAGCGAGGUUGUUUGUUUAUCAGAUGAUGAUUGAUAUGUGAUCUAUGUACUUUACAACGUUUUCAUUUCCUCAAGUGUACAUCCUAAUGUAUAGUUUUGUUUUUUUGGAGUACUGCGUUCAUGAGACCUCUUUGUGUUGCUAACAUUUUUGCCGCAGAAUUUGUGGCUGUACAUAGGUGAAUGGUUCACUUAGGUUUAUUUACAAGUUCAUUUUUUAUCA